CGAGGCGCGGAGUGGAACACUGAUUCCCCCAAGGCUGGAUGCCCAGGGAGGAUGGCCUUGGAGUUUUACUUUUUGAGAAAGUGAUCUGGAGGGCCUACGGAUCUGAAUUCUGUGGGUUAAAAAGAGCUUUGUAGUAAAAGAUUACUUUUCAGCAAACCCAUUGGCAUCUCUAGCUCCUCCGCGAGCCACUCCUGAGCUGGGGCUGAGCAAGAGGCCAUGACAGUGUUUUUGGUUUGAAGUGACUAUAGCUAAAAGUCCACAGAGGACUUGUGGAGGACAGGGCAAGGUCCUCGGAGACGCAGGAUAUUCCUUGCUUGUCUCCUGAAUUCCUUCUCUAGCAGAAUUUGGAGAGAGGUCCAGAAAGUGGGCCGUGUGCUGACCUCCCUGCCCACUGCCAUCUGCAGACACAGUGAGUCCUCUCUCUUUGCCAUGGUCCUUGACACCUCCCUCCCCCGUGCCUCCGGAGCUGGGGACUGGCCUCUGAGAAUCAGACUGCUUAGAGAAGGCUGGGCCUUGGAUCCAGUGGCUGGCUGGCUGUCUCUCAGCACCCAAAGCUGGGUGGGACAUUUCCUUCAUCUGGAAGUAUUUUGGGAUCCACGUGGGUGGAGAUAAAUGGUCCCAUAAAGUUGUUUAUCUUAGGUUAGAAACAAACUCUUCAAAACACCUGUAGGUUCUAAAAUGGAGCUGUAAUUUAGGCAGAAGCUUUAUAGCUCAACCCAGAGUGGAGCAGGGAAGGGGACAACUUGGAGGCUGUCCAGAGUUUCCUUGUGGACCCCCUACAGGCAGGACAGGUCCUGGACAGCAGAGCUCAGCACCUGUAGGGUCACCUGUCAUGCGGCUGGCAACUCCAGUCAGAGCUUUGACUCAGGCCUGAAUGUGGAGAAACUAUCAAAAAGCAAUGAUACCUUCAUAAAAAGGAACAGCAUUUCUAAGAAAGUUUUCUUCUAGAUGAGAAAAAAACACGUUGUUUUUGACAGUUCUGCUACUGGUAAGAUAGCUCAUGUUAGUAUCCAAAAAACUCCAAGAUAUUCCCAAGGACAUCAGCCAUAUCCUCACUGCAAAGAAGAUCGUUUUGUGGAAGCAAGCUGUGGAAGUAAAUGUGGCCAGCCAAGCCCUGCUGAAAUUCUGACCCUGUUGUGAUUCACUGUAAAGUCCUUCUACUUUGGUUAAAACAUCUCAGGUCCUCUUUCAGUUCCUUGGCCAGCUGCCGUGGCCUUGGUGGCACCCUACUCCGGUGGUCAGCUCAGGGCUUCUCUCACCCAUGCAGUCUUCAGCGACCACUGCUGAAGGCUUCAGCAGCCCACUCUAUGAGACCUACACACUCCCCACCUUCAAGUUCCAGCCUCGCCGUGAGAGCAUAGACUGGAGGCGCAUAAAUGCUUUGGAUGUGGACCGUGUGGCCCAGGAGCUGGACGUGGCCACUUUGCAGGAGAACAUUGCUGGUGUUACCUUCUGCAACUUGAACCAGGAGGUGUGCAGCCGCUGUGGACAGCCUGUGGACCCAGUGCUGCUCAAGGUGCUGCGCCUGGCACAGCUCAUCAUUGAGUACCUGCUGCACUGCCAGGAUUGCCUGAGUGCCAACGUUGCCCAGCUGGAGGCCCGGCUGCAGGCCAGCCUGGGCCAGCAGCAGCGUGGGCAGCAGGAGCUGGGCCGCCAGGCUGAUGAGCUCAAGGGUGUAAGGGAGGAGAGCCGCCGGCGUCGAAAGAUGAUCAGCACCCUCCAGCAGCUGCUACUGCAGACAGGUGCCCACAACUACCAUUCGUGCCACCUGUGCGACAAGACCUUCAUGAACGCCACCUUUCUCCGGGGCCACAUGCAGCGCAGGCAUGCAGGUGUGGCAGACGCUGGAAAGCAGAAGCAGCAGCAACGACCAGCUGAGGAGCUACUGGAAGAGCUGAGAGCCAAGCUGCAGUGGACCCAAGGCGAGCUGGAAGCGCAGAGGGAGGCGGAGAGACAGCGCCAGCUCCAGGAAGCAGGGCUUACUCGUCAGAGGGAAAUAGAAAUGAAGAAAGAAUUUGAUGAAUGGAAAGAAAAAGAGCGGACCAAAUUUUAUGGAGAAAUAGACAAGCUAAAGCAGUUACUCUGGGAUGAAUUUAAAACUGUUGCUAACCAGAACUCUACACUAGCAGAGAAGCUGCAGGCUAUGCAGUCCCACAGAGUGACGGAAUCCAACCUUGGGUCGCUGCGCGAUGAGGAGUCUGAGGAGCAACUGAGGCAGGCCCAGGAGCUCCGGGCCCUGCGGGAGAAGCUGGAGACCCAGAAAACAGAAUGGAAGAGGAAACUGAAGGAACUACAGGAAGAGCGUAUGACAGAGAGGAGAGAGCUACAGGAGAAUGAGAGGCUCCAGGCCUCCCUGUCUCAAGAUCAGAGGAAGGCAGCUGCUCAGGCCCAGCGCCAGAUCAAUGCCCUCCAUGCCCAGCUGCGGGAGCAAGCCAGGCUCAUCGCCUCGCAGGAGGAGAAGAUCCAGACCUUGUCCCUCAGGAAGGCUGAGCGGAUCCAAGAGCUGCCGAAGGCUGUGGACACAGAGGAGGACUCUCCAGAGGAAGAGCUGGAGGACUCUCCAGAUGAACAGCAACAGGUCCUGGCUGCUCUGAGGCAAAACCCUCCAUUGCUGAAGCAGUUCCGGCCCAUCCUGGAGGAUACCUUGGAAGAGAAGCUGGAGAGCAUGGGCAUAAAGAGGGAUGCAAAGGGAAUCACUGUGCAGACUCUCAGACACCUGGAGUCUGUGCUGAAAGCCCAGCAGGAGCAGAAGGCCAGGAAGUUUUCUGAAUUUCUGAGUCUGAGAAAAAAGCUCAUCAAAGAAGCCACCAGCAGAGUGAAGGAGAGACAGAACAGGGAUGCAGUGUCCCAGCUCGACGGCCAGCCUCCAGUCAAAAGCCAGCGGAGCACAGCGCUCACCAGAGAAGUCCGGCCGAAGUCCAGUACCCUGCAUGUGGCAGUGCCAUCCAAGCUGGCAGAGCCGUUCAUGCCAGCUCUUCAGAGCCACAACAGCCAAGGCCCUGGCCCAACCCAGGUGUCUGUCCUGACUCCACGCCCUAGAAGGCACGGACUCUCCAGCACCCCUACCCCCCAGGGGCCAGGGCUGAGCAGCACACCCCCGUUCAGUUCUGAGGAGGACUCAGAGGGAAACACUGUGCAUCACACGUCUCCUCAGACACCACAAGUUCCUUCCAAGAUGGAGCCCCAGCAGGAGGGGGACUGGGACUGGUCUGACACCGAGUCCUCAGAAGAGAAUGCUCAGCCCCCUGUCAAGAGCUCAGGUGGGCUGGACUCCUCUGGAACACUGGUGCAGUCGAUAGUGAAAAAUCUUGAGAAGCAGCUUGAGGCUCCGGCCAAGAAGCCUACUGGAGGGGUCAGUCUGUUCCUAAGGCCUAACGCUGGACCAGAGAGGGCUGCCAUGCCUGGAAGGAAGCCUCAGCUUUCUGAAGAUGAGAGUGACUUGGAGAUCUCUUCCUUGGAAGAUCUUUCCCAAGACCUGGACCAGAGAGAGAAACCAAAGCCCUUGUCCCGCUCAAAGCUCCCAGACAAGAUUGCUGCCAGUGCUUGGAGCUCUGGCCGACCCAGAGUCCCUGGCUGGUGAUCCUGUCCAGGCCUUGCUGGAGAGGGGCAGCCUGUUACCUGGCCUGGGCUGGCUUGUGGAGCACCCCUCAGGAGAGGCUGCCAGGCCUCUUGCUUUCACCAGCAACCUUUGGAGAAAAGCAGAGCAUGGGCCAGAUAUGACCUCUCCCUUCUCUGCCCUCCCCAAAGAGUCAGGGGUACUUGGCAGGGUAUGCUAGUUCUCAAGGAUUGAAAAGUGGUCAUAACAGGAAACCGACACAGUUGGCAGCCUCCAUUUCCAUGUCUGCUCCAGGCUAAGAAGUUACUCAGCCACGCUUCCUGAGCCUUUUGUAAAUCUGCAGGGUCACUGUAAGGGGUCCUGAUGCCUGGCAGUGAGUGAUCCAAAUUCAGUUACUAGUGAGUACCUACUCUGUGCUGGGUCCUCCAGACUCUUUUUACUGAUUUGGGGUACA